GCUCCUUUUUUCAAGAGAUGCUGUUUGAUCCUCAGAGGAUUUCUGCAGACAUGGAGCUUCUACCACUUCUGUCUCUGAGCUUCUGUUUCCUGACUUUGUCCGGACUGACGUUUGGUGCUGAAUCCGGACCACCUGACAGCAGAGUGAUUGUGAUGGAAGAUGAUGAUGUCAUUUUACCCUGCUCCCUCAGCACCAAUGAGAACAUUGAGAAAAAACUGUUUGUCUGGAAAAAGGAAGGAACAGUUCCUCUAAAGGAGGUGUUCAUGUUUGAUGCCGGCACAUUUAAUAAAGGUCAAGAUGAUGAAUUCAAAGGUCGAGUCUCACAUUUUCCAGAACUGCUGAAGUACGGCAACGCCUCCAUAAGAAUGAAUAAAACUAAGCUGGAGGACAAUGGAAACUACACCUGUAGUUUUCCAGUGAUGCAGCCCAGUGUAAAAACAUCCCGCAUUGAGCUUGUUGUUGGUGCAGCUCCAGACCCUUAUGUCACAAAUCUUAAAGAAACAAAUGACUGGGCGCUGCUUAAGUGUGAUGUAAAGGGUGCUUACCCUGAACCUACAAUGGAGUGGUGGAACAGUAACAAUCAAACCAUUCUUUCUGAGGAGCCGCAGGUCUCUAAAAAAGGAGAGCGCUUUUACGUCACCCUCAAAACUACUGUGGAAAAGACCGACUACUAUCGCUGUGUUGCCACACAGAAGGACAUCCACCAUCAGAUAUAUACGGAAAUCAAUGUGCAUUUGAACGAUGUCCGGUCGGGGACUGGAAUGAUUAAAGCUGCUGUUUUUUCUGUUGUUUUUGGAAUGAUUGGAGUUUUUGUUGCUGUUUAAUUUUACUGCAAAUCUUGAGCUGCAAAGUCACAGGAACAGUGUAGAGCAUCCAGUUAUUAUAAAAAUCAAAGACCACACAGACGACUCUCUCCACUUCUAAAAUUCUCUUGCAGUGAUCUGAAGUUGUGCAAAAGAUGGAAGAAAACCUCCACGUCACAGAGCUCCACUCCACUUUUUCCAGGAUGUGAAGCUGUACACUGGAGUGUUAUUAAGAACUUUUUAUUUCCUGCACAGAUGUGAUGAAACUGUAAAAAAUUCAAAUUGGUCCCAGAGCUGUUUGAUAUAAAUUGCCUUAUUUGUAUUUUUUUUUAAUGUAAUGUGAUGGUAAAGAAGAUAAUAGAAUAAGUGAUGACAGUAAAACAUUAAAGUGACACAAAAGGAACCAAACCAUAAGAGAGCGACCUGAGAGGUUUGUGUAUGACUGAGUGUGGAUGAAUAUCUGCAAGUAAACUGUUAGAACAUCAAACAUCUGGAGCUAAAAUGCAUUCAACAUUGAUUCAGCUGUAUUAAACACGAGCACUGAUAAAACAGAUGCUGAAAAAUGAUAAUGAACUUUUUGUAUAAUGUGCCUUCUUUAGUAUGCAUGUGCCUUUGGUAUUAGUUCAGGGAGCGAUCGCGACUAAAGAGUUAGCAGUUCGUCUUGUAAUCGGAAGGUUGCCGGUUCGAGCCCUGGCUUGGACGGUCUCGGUCGUUGUGUCCUUGGGCAAGACACUUCACCUGUUGCCUACUGGUGGUGGUCAGAGGGCCCGGUGGCGCCUGUGUGUGUGAAUGACUGAAUGUAGUGUGAAGUACUUUGGGGUCCAUAGGGAGUAAGUAAAGCGCUAUACAAAUACAGGCCAUUUAGUUUAGAUUUUUAAGGCACUAAGCCAGUCUGGGGUGUGCUGCUGAUGAUUGAUUCUGGAAUUUGACUGAAAGUAUGUUUAUGCUGUUAACUGAUGAUUUUACAUUA